AUGAAGAUUGCUAUUGGUAUUUUGAUUUCCUUGACACUCAUCUCUUCGACGAUCGCCUCGAGGAAAUGUUGGGCCGAUUCGAACACGAAUGAGCAUCACACGAAAGGGAAACGCGAAGUGACAUGCGACUGCGGUGACUACUGUGUGAAGUGGCAGUACAUGGGUGUUUAUACGUGGGGUUGCUCGUGUUCGUCGGGUGUGUCGGGUGAUCUGUGUCCAUCCACUGAAAAGGCCACUCCUGUCGGCACUUUUUACUGUUGCAAAGGGAAUAAAUGCAAUGGAUCGACAAGUGCUUUCAAUGUGAUGAUCAUCGCUUUUCUCUCGUCAAUCUCUUUGUAUUUUUUAUGUUAU